UCCGGCCGGACUGUAUUGCACGCGCUGCACUCUGAGGUGUUGGACGGAAACGGCGAUGUGUGAGUCGGUUAAUGUUGCUAAUGUCGAUUAAAUCAUCACUGGAGUGUCACGUUUCUGCUCGGACCCUGCGGGGAUUGACCCCUGAACCCUGAACCCAUGGCACGAUGCGUGAGCGGCUCUGCUGAAGAGAGUGUGUGUGUGUGUGUGGAGCAGCUCGUCUCCUCUCUCUGAAGCGCUGCUAGAUUGAUCCGCCAUGAAGCAGGCGAGCCACGAGACCUGUGUUCUCUCGGGGUCUAACGGCCUGAACGGGUCGGGGUGUCCUGGAGCGGGUCGGGCCCGGGGCGUGAGGGGUGUGCAGGGCAAGUGCGCGGCGUACGUGUUAGCGCUGCGUCCCUGGAGCUUCAGCGCCUCGCUAACACCCGUGGCCCUCGGCAGCGCGCUGGCCUACAAGCUGGAGGGGUCCGUGGACCUGCUGGUUCUGCUGGUGUGUGCCGUGACCGUUCUGCUGGUCCACGGCGCCGGGAACCUGGUCAACACCUACUACGACUUCUCCAAGGGCAUCGAUCAUAAGAAGAGCGACGACCGGACUCUGGUGGACCAGAUCCUGAAGCCGCAGGACGUGGUGCUGUUCGGGGCGGUGCUGUACUCCGCCGGGUGUCUGUGUGCAACACUGCUCUUCUGCCUGUCCUCGCUCAGACUCGAGCAUCUGGCGCUCGUCUACUUCGGGGGACUCUCCAGCUCUUUCUUAUACACUGGAGGCAUCGGCCUGAAGUACGUGGCUCUGGGAGACGUGGUGAUCCUCAUCACCUUCGGGCCUCUGGCGGUGAUGUUCGCGCACGCGGUGCAGGUGGGAUACCUGUCAGUGCUACCGCUAGUGUACGCCGUGCCGCUAGCGCUCAACACCGAAGCCAUCCUGCACAGCAACAACACCCGAGACAUGGACUCGGACAAGCAGGCGGGAAUCGUCACGCUAGCCAUCCUAGUGGGACCAACGCUCUCCUACAUCAUCUACAACCUGCUUCUGUUCGUGCCCUACCUGCUGUUCUGCAUCCUAGCCACGCGCUACAGCAUUAGCAUGGCUCUCCCGCUGCUGACGCUGCCCAUGGCCUUCCCGCUGGAGAGGCAGUUCCGCUGCCGCUGCUACGCCAAGAUCCCGCAGAAAACCGCCAAGCUCAACCUGCUCAUGGGACUCUUCUACGUGUUCGGGAUUAUCCUGGCGCCGCCGGGCAGCUUGCCGUUAUUGUGAACCGGCUAGAACUCUUGUCCUGUUUGUUUUAAACAACUCUAGGUACUUUUGCAUUCAUAGCGAUGCUAAUCCAGAGUUCAAAGACUUUAAUUUAUUGUUGUUUAUUUAUGUUUUCAGAGUUGGCAAGUGCUCUCAGUGCAUAGACUGUCCAGGACACCAGUAUUGUAAAAGAGACCAGCCUGUAAAUUAAGAAGUGGAUAUAUAUAUAUAUUAGCGAUUAAUCGCAU